CCCCGCCCGCCCCAGCAGAGCACAUGUCCCAGCGCUUUAUUUUUAGCAGCGGGGAACGCCGCCUCCGUCUCGCCCGCGGUGUCCCCCCCCGGCCGCCCCCAUGCAGAGAAGGAUGGGCGAGGCGGUGGCCCGCGUGGCCAGGAGGGUGAACGAGACAGUGGAGAGCCAAGGCGACACGCUCGACCUGGCCGACUGUAAGCUGGUGGCUUUCCCCGCCGGCAUCUACAAGGCGGUGCGCAGCGUCACGCAGGGCAUCCACCGCAUCUCGCUGGCUAACAACGAGCUGAAGGCUCUCGGCGCACGCUUCGCCAUCACCUUCAGCCAGCUGCGAGAACUCAACCUGGAGGGCAACCUCCUGCACCGCCUGCCCCAGGAGCUGGGCUCCCUGCUGCACCUGCGCACCAUCAACCUCGCCCACAACAAGUUCCGGCACUUCCCUGAGCCCCUGGCGGCUGCCCCUGCACUGGAGAGCAUCAACCUGGAAGGGAAUGAGAUCACAGAGGUGCCAACAGAGGCACUGGCCACCAUGUCCUCACUGCGGAGCCUCAACCUGCGUGCCAACCCUGUGUGCCCUGCUGUACGCCUUCUCGUCCAGCCCCUGGUCCCCUUUGAGCUGCUGCUGUCACCUGAGGGCAAUGCCCCCACUGCCUGACAUGACCCUGCUGCCUGGUGCCUGGAGGAGUGCCCCCUGGCCCAUGAGCUCCCCGUGGCUUCCAGCUGCUGGCACGAUGUGCCCAAUGCUUGAUUAAAUGUGUUAUGUGCAUUGUG